GGCCUCUUGAGUCAUAGGUGUGAGCCACGCUGGGGCUGUGGGAUAUAAAAUGGCGGGGAAGAGGAAUGUUUUGUCGUCUUUGGCAGUUUACGCGGAAGAUUCAGAGCCUGAGUCCGAUGGCGAGACUGGAGUUGAAGCUGUCGGCAGCGCGGCUGAAGAGAAAAGUGGGUUGGUAUCUGAUGCCUAUGGAGAGGAUGACUUUUCUCGUCUAGGAGGUGAUGAAGAUGGUUAUGAAGAAGAGGAAGAUGAGAACAGCAAACAGUCGGAAGAUGACGAUUCAGAGACUGAAAAACCUGAGGCUGAUGACCCAAAGGAUAAUACAGAAGUAGAGAAGCGAGACCCCCAGGAGUUAGUGGCCUCCUUUUCUGAAAGGGUACGGAACAUGUCUCCUGAUGAAAUCAAGAUCCCACCAGAACCUCCUGGCAGAUGCUCAAAUCACUUACAGGACAAGAUCCAGAAGCUUUAUGAGCGGAAAGUAAAGGAAGGAAUGGACAUGAACUACAUCAUCCAAAGGAAGAAGGAAUUUCGGAACCCCAGCAUCUACGAGAAGCUGAUCCAGUUCUGUGCCAUUGAUGAGUUAGGCACCAACUACCCAAAGGAUAUGUUUGACCCCCAUGGCUGGUCUGAGGAUUCCUACUAUGAAGCAUUAGCCAAGGCCCAGAAGAUUGAAAUGGACAAAUUGGAAAAGGCCAAAAAGGAACGAACCAAAAUUGAAUUUGUGACAGGCACCAAGAAAGGCACCACAACCAAUGCCACAGCCACCACUACUACUACUGCCAGCACAGCUGUUGCAGAUGCCCAAAAGAGAAAGAGCAAGUGGGACUCUGCCAUCCCAGUGACCACAAUAGCACAGCCUACUAUCCUCACCACCACAGCCACCCUGCCAGCCGUCGUCACUGUCACCACAAGCGCUAGUGGCUCCAAAACCACUGUCAUCUCUGCUGUGGGCACCAUCGUAAAGAAGGCCAAACAGUGACCUUGGGCUACUCCAGGACUUGGCAGGACUGUGCAGCCCAGUGACUGCUGCCCACUGGGAGGCACCACUUGAUACAUUUGAGGACUUGGAUGUGCUCCCCAGGUGCCACCUGAGAGGAGCCUCUAUGUGGCAUUCCAGCCAAAAGAACAUUGUAGAAGAGGCGCGGGGUGCUCUGGACAGCAUUGACACACCACUUGGGGUACGGCCCAUUAAAAGUGCCAUGUUCUUA